CGCGCCCGCCCUCUCCUCAUGUUUGCGGCUGACUGCAAAUGAUCAAUGAUCAUAAUGGACAACUAUGCCCGGAAAAAAAGACAUCAGCAGUCCGGCGCAGAGAAAAGAAAAAGUCAAAAAGCCCAAGAUGAAGCCCGUGCAUCCCUUUCAGCAUGCCUAUGUGACGCAGAUUACAGACAAGUUCUGCAAAAUGACCACAGACAUCACCGGCCGUCUUCCACUCAAUGUCUAUGUCAUCAUUCUUGGGAUAGGCCUCUUCAUUUUCAUAUUGAGCAUGAUCUUCUGUUGCUACCUGUUCAGAUUGAGGAGACAGGGCACACAAGAACAAUAUGGAUAUAAUGAGGUCAUUCUAAAAGGUCCAGGGAAAAAAUUGAGUCUUCUUGGACAGACCUGUGCAGUUUGCCUGGAAGAGUUUCGGAGCCGGGAUGAACUAGGGGUUUGCCCCUGUUCUCAUGCCUUCCACAAAAAGUGUCUGGUGAAGUGGCUGGAAAUUCGCAGCGUCUGCCCCAUGUGCAACAAGCCCAUCUGCAGGCUCCAGCCAGACCCUCCGCAGGGGGCCGAGGGGCCCCAGAACCCCCUGGAAGUGUGACAGAAGAGGGACGACGCUGCUCAGAGAUAGACAGCCUCUCGUACACCUAAGAACAGCGUUAAAAAACACCACACUACUGGGGUGGGCGGACUAGUCCCAAAUACACAACAACCGCCCCUGUCCACCAAUCACCAGAUUUCUCCUGCAUAGAUGGGGGGAGGGAGGGGAAGUGGGAUUUUCCCAGUAGAACUGAACUGAUGUGCCGUAUUCUUGGUCAUAAUGUAGCUUGCAGCAAGAUAAAUUGAUGCCUUGUGGACUCCAAACAGACAAAUAUUCAGACCAGGACAGUUGCACACAACAUGAGGUCUGAACUGACACUGUGCAAUAUGUGUGAAUUUAAAGAAGUCCUCCUCUAAGAUAGACUGUGGUCACUAUUACUACCAUAAAGGGUCGUGUUUAGGAAGGCCCAGUUACAGAAUCCAAAGUGAGGAGCAGCUCACUGGCUGACCUUAAGGAUCUGUGAGCUCAUCGGAUGUUACUCUUGCCAAUAUUUUGAUGUUUGACACUCAUAAAUGUGUUUGUUUAGAGUCACGUAGGUGUUCUGAGUGCUAAAGGUAGCUCAUGGCCUUGAUGAGAACCCACACUGUAAUGCAGAACCCUCAGAGUCAGAUUGGAUGAAAUUUGGCCUAAUUUACUGUAAGUUAUUGAAGGUGGAUGUUUUGUACUAUAUAUUGCUCUCAAUAAAAGUUUCUGU